CGCCGCAAAACCAUUAUGUAUUAAUACACGGGCGGAAUCGUUGCUGUUGCUGUAUGCUUCAUCAACAAAGACAGAGGAGACAUUUAGCUACCUAGCUAAGUGUCCGAUCUUCUGCUGUGGGGUUAUUGGCGGAUUUCAAACCGCGUUUUCUUCUGUGUCCCGUCGAGAACCUCAUUCACCAUGACCUCACUGGGGAGCAGCACUUCCUCCUCUGCAACAGAGUACAUCGUCCGAGUGCCCAAAAACACCACCAAGAAGUACAGUAUCAUGGCUUUCAACGCUGGGGACAAGGUCAACUGCUCCACUUGGACGCAGGCGCGGAUGGAGCGAGACAUGAGCAACAGGCGCAUGUAUGCAGAGGAGGAGACGUCAGAGGGAGCUGCCGGCAGCGAGUUUGGGAAGAAGCAGAGGGAGGAGGCCCGUCGAAAGAAGUUCGGCAUUGUCACGCGGGAGUUCAGAGUGGAGGACCAGCCUUGGAUUCUCAAGGUCAACGGCAAAUCGGGGAGAAGGUUCAAGGGACAGAAAAAGGGAGGGGUGACGGAGAACGCCUCCUACUACAUUUUCACGCAGUGCCCCGACGGGGCGUUCGAGGCCUUCCCGGUCCACGGCUGGUACAACUUCACCCCGCAGGCGAAACACCGGACGCUCACGGCAGAGGAGGCGGAGGAAGAGUGGGGGAGGAGGAAUAAGGUGGUGAAUCACUUCAGCAUCAUGCUGCAGCGGCGGCUGAGGGAGCAGGAGCGAGGGGAUGACGAUGAGGAGGAGGGCGAGAAGGCGGGCAAGAAGAAGAAGAAGAAGAAGGGGGGCCGCGGGGGGGACCUGCGCAUACACGACCUGGAGGACGACCUGGAGAUGAGCAGCGACGAGAGCGACAGCAGCGAGGGAGAGGACGGGGAGAGCAAGACCAAGGCCAAGAAGGAGGACAAUAAGAAGGGGAAGGGCAAGAAGAAGAAGAAGAAGAGGAAGGGGGGCAGCGACAGCGAGGCCCUGGAGGACAGCGAUGACGGCGACUUCGAGGGGCUGGAGGUGGACUACAUGUCAGACGAGAGCAGCUCCGAAGAGGAAGAGCAGGAGAAGGUCAAGCCCAAUAAAGGAGAGGACGUUCCUAAAGGGAUCGAUGAGGCGUCGGAGAGCGAGGAAGAGAGUGAGGAAGAAAAGCAGAACGAGGAAGAGGGGAAAGAGGAAGAGGAAGAGGACGGGAAGAAGACUCCUGUACAGCAGGAGAAGAAAAAGAGGAGAGACAGCAGUGAGGAGUCUGAUAGCUCAGAGGACAGUGACAUUGAGAGGGAGGCUACCUCUGCACUCUUCAUGGCGAAGAAGCGUACCCCACCGAAACGGGGAGGGGGCAGGGGGUCGGGGGGCAGCUCCAGGACAGGCAGCCGACCUGGCACCCCUUCCAUCGACAGCGCCACCACCUCCAACACGCUGCGAGCUGCAGCCACCAAACUGGAGCAAGGCAAGCGGCAGCCCGCGGCUUCCAGCACGGACACGCCCGCAGCCAAGAGGCUGAAGAUGGAGCCCAGCCCCCAGAGCCCCUCGGGCAAGACCACCCCACAGCCCACCUCUGGGAAGUCCACGCCCAGCUCCAGUGACGUGCAGCUGACGGAGGAGGCGGUGCGCCGGUACCUGAUCCGCAAGCCCAUGACCACCAAGGACCUGCUGAAGAAGUUCCAGACCAAGCGUACGGGCCUGAGCAGCGAGCAGACGGUCAACGUGCUGGCCCAGAUCCUCAAGAGGCUCAACCCCGAGAGGAAGAACAUCAACGACAAGAUGCACUUCUACCUCACCGAGUGAGGAGGGGGAGGCGAGAGGCAGACAGGGAGGAGGGGGAGGUCUGGCGAGGGAGAGAAGCAGAAGGGGGGUGGCGCUGGUAUAAAACGAAUAAACAAAUAAAGAAUUGAGAUCAUGAACUUUCAUGAACUGCUAAAAAGAAGAGAGAGUUUACAACUGAGCAGCAGGGGAUGGGGAUGGAGGGCCACAAUGGGACCGCUGGCAAAAUACAGUGGUGCUUUGACCUGGAGGUUAAAGGUCAGCAGUAUAGCUUGUUGAGACUUUACCUCUGCAUAAAAGUGGGGGGUCUUACUUAGUGGAACAGGCCGCUUUUUUAGCUUAAGAGUUAAAGGAGUGGUGUUGUGGUGUUGUAGUGUUUUUUUUUUCCCUUUUGUUUGUUGGAGACCUGCUGCA